UUCUCUCUCUUUGAUUCAUUACUCAUAUAAUGUUUUUAAUUAGCGAUAUUCUGUAGUGUUUCCCAGCUCUCCCAACACAACAAUGGACUCUAACAUUAUGGAGAUAAUUGAGGAAUUCAUGGAAAGUGCGUUGGCGCAAUGGGUUCAUCUGUUUGAGAAGAUGGUGGGGAGUGAGGACGGCGUCCCGCUCUACAGUCAGUAUAUGGAAGUGAACUCAAUUUCCCAGAGUGCCCGGGAUCGCUACCUCAGGCUGACCAAUGGGAUUUUUCUCAAUGAGGUCAUGAGGGUCAUAGACCCCAACCCCAAAGUGGAGCGGCUGUACGACAGUGGGAGAGAUGAUCACAUGCUGAGAGUACAGAACUUUUCUAUUUUAAAUCGACACCUCAGAGCCUUCUACCAGGAAGACCUGCAGCAGUUGAUACUGAUGCCUCUCCCAAGCGUUGCCAUUCUGGGGCAGGACCCCCUAACAGAGGCAGCUGUGGAAGAGCUCAGGCGACUGCUGCUCCUCUUACUAGGAUGUGCAGUGCAGUGUGAGAAGAAGGAGACAUUCAUUCAGCAGAUCCAAUCUCUGGACAUUGAGACCCAGGCGGCCAUUGCCAGCUGCAUUCAACAGGUGACUCAGGAUCCUCACGUGGUGCUGCCGCUGCAGUGGGAGGAGCUGAUGGAGGUGGAAGGUGCAGACUUACAGCUGGUGUUCAGCUCCAUGGCCAAACAGAUCCAAAGCCUGCUGGCAAAUAGAGACACACACAUGGAGAGGAUAGCAGAGAUGUGUCGGGAGCGGGAGUCCCAGGCUGACUCAACCACGGCGCCCCUGGGUGGUCACAGCGAGGAGCCACCCCAAGGUCUGGCACUCCAGCUGGCAGACAGCAAGGCCAAACUCCGCCGCCUUAAACAGCAACUGGAAGACAAAGGUGAUCAGUUAUUGGAUUACACGCAGGAGAUACAAACCAUGGAGGAACAGCUGAAGAAACUUCAGAAAGAGAACCGUUCUCUGCAGGGUGAGGUGAGGGGAAUGCGUGCACUGCGGGAUGAGCUGGAUUGCGCCCGAGAGCGAGCUGCACGGGCUGAGCAGCUCCAGACUGAGCUUCAGAGCUGUAAACACAGAUUGCGCAGCCUGGAGCUCACACGCACUCAGCUGAAGGAGCAGCAGCAGCUGUGUGCAGCGCUGCAGGAGACCAAAGCUCUCCUGGAAGAACAGUUGGCAGGUGCACGGGCACGCUGCUCUUCAGUAAGGGAGCUGGAGAGGGACAAUCAUCUGUUGCGUCAGAAAAUCAUGGACGUGGAAGCGGAGCGGGACACCGAGAGGCAGCGAGUUGACGAGCUGCUGGAGAUGAACAUGAGCCUUGAGGCGGACCUGAGGCACAUCAGCAGCAGUGGCGGCAGCGGUGGCAGCAUUCCUGCUCCGGUCGCUGCAGUUCACCAAAGUUUCCUCCAAUCAGAACUGGACUCUGACGAGGAGCUGAGCGAACUGAUUGAUCAGAAGCCGCUGAGUGUGGAAGUGGGCGAGGCUUCAACGCUGAGGCUGCUGGGAGCGGAGCAGGAGAACGCGGAGCUGAGGAGACGACUAGAGGAGCUGCAGGCCCAGCAGGAGGCUGAUUCUCCAGAUGCAAAGGAUGAGCUGGCCUGCCUGGAGAUGGAGCAUCAGAAGAUACUCGGAGAGUUUCAAAAUUUGAAGAAUGAAAAUGGUACUCUGAAGCAGCACCUAGAACAGCUUGUGACCAAACUGCAAUUCCUAGAAGACAAGACGAAGGAGGAAGGAAUGAAGAAGCCAGACAGAGGGGAGGAGGAGAAGGGGGAGAGAGGAGUCCAGGGAUCCGAAUCCUUCCGGGGAGAGGGGGAAGGAAGGAGGGAGAGACAAGAGAAAGAAAGUGACCUAAAGGAAGAACAGAUUGCAUUAACAUCAAGCACAAAAAGCACACAAGAUACCACAGAGACCUCAGCUGCAGACCAGGCUGCAUGUGCCCUGCCUGCUCCUGAUGUGGAGCUUCUGACAACCCGGCUCCAGGAGGCCCAGGAAGAGGCUGACAGGCAGGCGACUGUGGCCCAGGACCUGCACUCCAAGCUGGCAGAGCAGAGCAGGAAAACCUGGGAGGCUGAGCAGAGGCUGGUGGUCCUGGAGGCAGAGUUGCAGCGUCUGAAGAAAGCUGCUGAGAGUCUGGGAGAGGCCCGCAGGCAGAUAGAGGUCCUUCAGUCUGAGAGUCUGACCAUGGAGGAGGAGCUGUGCCGCCUGCGGAGCCAAACGGAGCUUCACAGGAUGCAAACCACGGUCAUCGCCACCCUGGAGGGAGAGCGGGCUGCACUGGAGAGAGACAGGGACACGCUACGCAGCACGCAGGAUGCCCUGCGCACCGCCCAGCGCAAGUGCGACCAGUUAGAGCUCACCACCCAAACUCUCAAAGCAGAGCUGGAACGUCAGGGGCGCAGUUUGGAGACUUCUCGUCGUCGGGAGGAGGAGCUGGAGGCAGAGCUCCGCGAGGCCACCCUGGAGGCUGAAUCUCUGGCCAGGGCGCGGGACCAGGCGUCGCUGGAGGCCUCGCGGCUGGAGCAGGAGAAAGAGGUGUGUCAGUCGGAGCUGGAUGGCCAACGGAAGGAGGGCAGGCAGAGAGAGAGGGAGGCAGCGAGACUGAGGCAGCAGCUGGAGAGCACGACCCUGGCCCUGGAGCACAGCAACCAGAGAGCUCGGGCUCUGGACGCCGAGCACAGACGUGUCUGUCAGCAGCUGUCUGAGUCUAAGGAGCUCUGCACUCGACUGCAAGACCUGGAGAAAGACCUCAGCACUCGAUUAACCAGCAUGGAGGAGGGUAAACAGCAGCUGCAGGAGCAGUACGCAGAUGCUCAGGCCAAGAUUAGCUCACUGUCCCAGGACCUUUCCAAUGAGCAGGCAUGUUCUCAAAAACUGUCCGCUGAGGUCGAACGUCUGAGCCAGAAACUACAAAAAGCCGAAGCUGAAAAAAAAGUGGCCACAGAUUCUCUCAACCAAUCACAGGAGAGAAUAGAGUCGCUCUCCAAGUGCCUUAAGAAAAGUGAAUCUCUUCUCCAGUUGGAAAAGCAAAGAAGAAGCGUGGAUGAGGAAGCUACUUCGGAUUCAGACUCGUCAAACAAAAUGCACAUUUGUCAGACACACACCCAGGAGACGUCACCUCUGAAUCAAUCCCCUGAAGCCAGCAAAGGUCGCGACCUUUCCAUUAGCCAUGAUUAUUCCACAGGAGGGACAGAGAGGCUGCUGAGUGAGAGGCUGAGAGAGCUUGAAAAAGAGAAAGCAGUGGCGAUUACAGGACAGGAGGCUCUGCAGUCGCGGUUGUCUCAGUCCCAGGAGGCGUGUGCGCACUUUAAGGAACAGCUGGAGGCUUUGCGCCGGAACUCCCUCAGCCUCCAGGACUCCUGCACCAGACUGCAGACACUUAACACCCAGCUACAGGUGGACCAAGCAUCACUGAGCUCUCAGCAUUCAGCAGCGCUAGCCCGCUGUAGCGAGAGCGAGGCCCGGUGUGCGUCUCUGGAGGCCGAGUCUAAGGUGUGGGCCCGAGAGCGGGAGGAGUCAGUGGCCAGGAUGGAGGCUCUUAGGCGAGAUCACGAGCGGAUGACGGCACUGCAGCAGCGACAGGAGGUGGAACUGGAGGAGCUGCUGGACAAACACUCUCAGCUGAGGAGCAGUAAUCGUAGCCUGGAGGCCCAGCACAGGGAGCUGGAGGCCAGGUACAAAGAGCUCCUGGAUGGUAAAGCCCAGCUGGAGGAGAGAGAGCAGGAGAUGAAGAUGGAGAGACAGGAGAUGGAGGCAGAAGCCCAGAGGAGAGUGGAGAGAGAACGCGAGCUGGAGAGGCUGAAAGACGACAACGAGAGGCUGCAGGCCCACCAGAAGGAGUGGUUGGCGUCGCAGGCGGAGCUGUUGGCUCAGGGCUCUGUGCUGCGGGGGGAGCUGAGCGCCUCCCAGCUGGAGCGGACUCGACUGGAGGGGGAGCUUAGCGCCCUGAGGGAAACCAACCAGAGCCUGGACCUCAGCAACGCCCGCCUCACCAGCCAGUAUCAGCUGUUGACCCAGCUGAAGGGGAACAUGGAGGAGGAGAACCGACAGUUAGCAGAGCAGAACCAGGGUCUGCUGAAGGAGAACCGGGCCUUAUUGGAGCAGAGUCUGGAGCGCCGUGACCAGCACUAUUCACAGCAGAGAGAGUACCAGGAGAAGCUGAGUGAGCUCCGUCGAGAGAAGCAGAAGUUGGUGGAGAAGAUUAUGGAUCAGUAUCGAGUCCUCGAGCCGAACAUGCAAUCUCCAAACAUCAAGGCCAAGAAAUCUAACUGGAUUGCAGACAGAAUGAAGAAGCUAAUCAAACCCCGCGGAGGAGGAAGAGAGGGACGCGCCCUCUUCACCGCCGCGGGCAGCGUGGAAAACCUGGCCGACAGCACUGAAUUUACAUCAGAUGCACACACAUCUCAGCCUGAUCCCCGCAGCGCUCCAGUUUCUCCUUCUCUCUUGAGAAAAGCUCCAUCGCAGACAGAACCAGACAUUUCAGUUCCAGGGACUCCAACCUUGCGUUCUGGCUCCGGGGGCCGUCGUAAGCUGGGAUCCCGUCACGGCUGGGGGCUGGGCUUGGCCAGAGGAGGCUCUGGAGUUUCCCAAUCCUUCAGUCCUGGUGACAACAAGACACCUCCCCGCCAGCGUCUGCGCUCCAGCCAGAACACCCCCACUGUCCUCUGGGAGGGAGACAGGGGCGAAACAAACGCACCUCAGGCAGCAGACACAGCACUGACAACUCAGGGGAGUGUUGAUGAGGAUCAAGGGAAAGACAAUCAACACUCCAGUGACGACACCGCAACGGCCUGAGAAAGACCUCAAUAAAGUCGUCAGUCGACUUUCAAUUAAAAAAAAACAAAUGUUUUUAUAUUAUGUGCUUCCAGCAAACUGUAUUAAUGCCGCUUUUUUGUAUGUGACUAUUUUAAAUAUAAAAGGUCCUUGUAGUAUUUUUGAAUACAUGAAUGAAUAAAUACUUAUAUCAGUGAUUCUCAGUGUUCCCUGAGUUGCAAUGAAAUAAACCAUCUCUCUAGUGUGGAGACUGCAAACUGACAAAAUGUAGUUAAACCGUUUGUAGUCAAGUCAGAAAUAAAACUGAAUACAUCAAUAAAUAAUAUUUUUUACUUUUACCACAAAUUAGUUGGUAUGUUCAUAUAAGUUCUGCAUUUAUCUUUAACGAGCUCAUGUAAUUUUUAACUCCCUUAGUUCCUGUUUUUUUAUCCUUUUUUUUAAUC